UCUGCUCGGAUGGAAUUAAAUCGAAUCCCUGGCGGCAUCCCACCGUUUCGUGGGCGUUCGAACAUGCUCCUGGCUUGCACUCUUCUCAUUCACUCUCUCUCUCGUCUCUCUCUUGUGUGGAAAGCAGCGGUCAGUGGCCCGGUAGCAGCACCACUUUACCGGUGGUACUCGCCACAGUCACCCUUAACCACGAGCGCUACCGGUCACGGACGGACAGGGUUCGAGGUCCAUCGUUUCAAUUCCGUCAAAAAUCAAAAAGUCUCGUGCUCGCGUCGCGCGUGUUAAAAGGGAAGGAAGGAGGGAAGGGAAGGUGACGCGAAGUGACACACGACGUGGAACGUGCCGCCGCAAUGGUCGCACCACACCUGCGUCCGAAAACAACGAUUGCUGAGCGAUGGACACCGAUUGCCUGAGCACCGAGUCCGGUGGUUGCGAAUGCUACGUCAAUGUCCCCGAGGCCGAUUCGAUAGGAUGCGUGGAGGUGUUGGCCACCGUCUGCUCGAUCGUGCUGAUGGUCCUGACCCUGCCGAUAUCCUUGUUCCUGUGCUUCAAGGUCGUGCAGGAGUACGAACGUGCCGUCAUCUUCCGGCUCGGUCGUCUCCGGUCCGGUGGUGCCCGUGGUCCCGGUGUCUUCUUCGUGCUGCCCUGCAUCGACAACUACUGUAAGGUGGACCUGCGGACGGUUUCGUUCGAUGUGCCCCCGCAAGAGGUCCUAACGCGCGAUUCCGUUACCGUGUCCGUCGAUGCCGUCGUUUACUAUCGGAUCCGGGACCCACUGAAUGCCGUCGUACAGGUGGCCAACUAUAGCCACUCGACCCGGCUGCUGGCGGCCACGACACUCCGGAAUGUGCUCGGUACCCGGAACCUUUCGGAGCUGCUGACCGAGCGGGAGGCGAUUUCGCAUUCGAUGCAAGUGACGCUCGAUGAGGCGACCGAUCCGUGGGGUGUUCAGGUGGAGCGUGUUGAGAUUAAGGACGUUUCGUUGCCGGACUCGCUGCAACGCUCGAUGGCGGCCGAAGCGGAAGCGGCCCGUGAAGCGCGCGCCAAGGUGAUUGCGGCCGAGGGUGAGAUGAAGUCAUCGCGUGCCCUCAAGGAAGCGUCCGACAUUAUGUGCGAGAGUCCGGCCGCCCUGCAGCUCCGCUACCUCCAGACGCUCAGUAGCAUCGCGGGUGAAAAGAACUCGACGAUCGUGUUCCCGUUGCCGAUCGAGUUGAUCGGUCCGUUGAUGAACUUUACUUCGUCGCUCGGCGUUGCAAGGACCCAGGGACCGGUGCCACCACCACCACCGACGAUGGUACCGUCUUCCUCGACGAGCACCUCCUCACCGCAGGCCGAUCCCGGGCAUCAGGCGCAGAUUGAGUAGCAGCAA